AUGGCAUUCCACGGACACAUGGACCAUCUGGAUGACACUCCAUGCGAAGCUUACGGCUGCUACAAGCACGCGAAACGGCCGGCGCUCGGCGGACAAGGCGCCAAGGGCCAUGAUCCCUUUCAAACCUAUCUCAAGGCUUGGAUGGAUACGUAUGUCGACGGAAACGUGGACCCCUACAAGUCACUCCUACGCUUGUGCCAGUCGUUUGCCACACGUCACCGCUUUUCGAAACUCAUACCAUACUACACGAAGCUCCCAGAACUCGACAUGGCGCUCAUCCUGAAUGACUUUGCGGCGACGUUUUGA